GGAGAACAAAAAGAAAAGAAACGAGAUAGGCGAUCUGUCUCUUUGCAAUAACAAAGAAAAAGGGAAAAACCCCAAGAAACUUGGGCAGCAAGCGGCCUUUGCUCCCUCUUCCCUUCUUCAUGGACAGGGAAGAGUCGUGAAUUUCAAUCUACGAUACGACACCACCAUAUGUUAUCACUCCUUCCAAUAUCAUGUCGUUUCGUUUCUUCUCCUUUUAUUUCUGCACGAAAUAAUCUUUAUCGACUCUUCCCUGAUCCUUCUCUUCUCUCUUAAUACCACCACCUGAUUUUUCUUUUUAGGGUUUCUCCCAGUUUAUUGUUCUCUCUCUCUCUCUCUCUCUCUCUCUCUCUCUCUCUCUCUCUCUAUAUCUCUCAGCUCCUUCGUUAUCAAGAAGGAUGCCAUCUUUUCCUGCAAUAGCUUUGGAUAGGUUGUUAGAACCUGGAGCUUCAAAAUUUGUCGACAAGUCAGUUCCUAGUUCGGACGACAACUAUCCAGUGCCGAAACCGAAGCCUCCUCCACCAAAAUCGAAGCCACCUUUACCCAAAUCAAACCUAGAGAGGAGGAAUAGUGCGUCGGUGGUAGAGAGGAAAGGUAAUCGUCCUCAAAUAUCGCCUUCGCUGUAUGCGACUCCCGAAUCGACCCCACUUCCUGAUUCGCCAUCUUCAUUUCCUCCUUCGCCUUAUAUAAUUAAUCAUAAGCGACGUGGGCCACGCCUUUUGAAGAGCUUUUCAGAGGAUGAUGUAGCUUCUAGGAAGAAGGAAUUGGAGAAAGAUGAGGUGAAUGGGAAUGUGGAUAAUGGAAAAAAUGAGCUUGUUGAUUCAAGUUAUGGCCAUUCAGUUACUUUUUUCAUCCCUGGUUCUGUUGAAGGUGAGCUUUUGAAUGUUGUCAAUGGGAGUCCUAGCAAAGAGGAUGUUGUAAAUGGGAGUCUUAGUAAAGAGGAUGUUGUAAAUGGUGUCCAUCAUGAUACUAUCAACGCGGCGCAUGUUAAUGGAAAGAUUGAUGGGGAAAUAUCGAGUGGUACUAUGCAACAUGGGACUAGUAAUACAAGGACGGAGUUUACCUUGGAAAAGGAUGUGUUGAAGCCAACUGAGCAGAAUGGGGAACGAGAUGGAGACGUUGAUGAUUUCUUUGAUCCACAGGACUCAAUGAGUUAUACUAGUAACACCGAUGUUGAGGACACCACUGCAGCUGAGUGUUCUAUGAAGCUUACUGCAGCUAUACCAGUAGGAGAGUUUUAUGAUGCUUGGGAAGAACUAUCUUCUGAGAGUGGGCCACAUCCUUCUCCUUCUCCUCAUCUCAGUGGAGCUGAAUUGCGUGAAAUGAGAUUGAGUUUGUUAAUGGAGAUAGAGAAGCGGAAGCAAGCAGAGGAGGCUUUGACUAAUAUGCAAAACCAGUGGCAGAGAAUCAGGCAAGAAUUGGCUCUGGUAGGGUUAUCCCUCCCUGCUUUUCCUGUUGAUGUGCCAGAGAAUGAUCAGCCAUCAGAUUCUAAUCCUGCAGAGGAGAUUUGCCAGCAAAUCUAUCUUGCUCGGUUUGUAUCAGAAUCUAUAGGAAGGGGCAUAGCAAAAGCUGAGGUGGAGAUAGAGUUGGAAGCUCAGGUUGAAGAAAAGAACUUUGAAAUUGCUCGAUUGUGGGAUCGACUUCAUUAUUAUGAGGCUGUGAAUCGAGAAAUGUCUCAGAGGAACCAAGAAGUCAUAGAAAUGGCACGGCGUAAUAGGCAGGUAAGGAAAAGGAGGCAGAAGUGGAUUUGGGGCUCAAUUGCUGCUGCAAUUACACUGGGCACAACAGCCUUGGCAUGGUCGUAUCUCCCAGCAAUGAGAGGAUCUUCUUCUGCCAGUGAUUCUCAUGCGCCAGAGCAUGAUGAUACAGCUAAUUGAUGAUCAUCUGAUCAAUUAAUAGACUCUGAUGUCAUGUCACAGGAGAAUAAAAAGGUUUUAUAUGCCAUCUUGUGAAUAUCAACCUCUUGCUUUUGUCCCUAGCAAUUUUCCUGCCUGCUUAGAUUGCAGGGUUACCAUCAUAAUAAUUCAUUGCUGCCUUACUGGUGAUCUGGGAGGUGAUUAAUUUUGGUUUGGGUCAUUGAUCAUCUGGAAUCAUAUUUCUAGCCUUUUUGUGCUUUCAAGGCCUUGCUGAUACCUGCACGAACGCUAUCAGGUCCAUCUUAACAUUUUCAACAUUUUAAAAAGAGAGCUUUCUAUCCGGGGAUGGCCAAUAGUCUCAUUGAUUUUAGUUUGUUCUGUAUUUAAGUUGUAUCCCUUGCAAGUCUGCGCAGCUAUGAAACUAAGGUCAAGGGAAUUGAUAUGUUGAAACAUGGUGAUCCCUGCCAGAAGGGUCUCAACCUAGGAGGAAUUAUUUUGGAUGCUAAUCUAUGCAUUAAUGUUAUUAGCCCGGGGUGAGUUUCGAUGUUCAUUUGCAUUAUGCAUCAAUGUACAAAACGGUGAUAGAAAGGUAUUUGUUGUUACUGCCUUA